AGUGUGUAUACAUAUUGAAAAGGACCCAACACGAAAUUUUCAAUCGGAUUUCAACGUUCACAUCAGCUCGACGAAGUGAAAGUGUUGCUGCUGCUGUUUUUGUUUUUAUUUCAAAUCAGCUCGAAAGAUUUUUAUUUCUUUCGAAUCCAAAGUGCCCAGUGUGUUUGUACAGUUAGAAUUUUGUUAUUUCUUUGAAAUUUCACGACGAAACCCUCAAAAAACAACUUGCAUAAUAUUAUUUGGGGUAACGCGCUCGUUAUUUGGCGGUCACCAUCUGCUGUUAACGUAACAUCAAAUGGUUAAUUUUUUUUCCAACUCUGCUGAGCUGAGUCAUACCGCCCACCAUCAUCAAAAAGUACUUACACAGACAAAUCUAAAGGGGAAAAAAUAUAUAAGACACUACCCACACAUACACAGCACACACACACACAUGCCUAUCUACUAUAGUUAACUUCCAGUUUUUGCCAUGUCCAGUCAUCAGUUGAUUUCCAGCCGGGCUUGCCGACGGAUCGGCCAUGUCAAUAGUUCCUCCAAAAUGACAUCAUCACAUCAUUAUUUAACCACUUUAGUGAACGUGAUUGGCUGUUGUGUAGCAUUCCUGACUGUGACCCAAUGCUUUGCCCAGCAGACGACAGCAGAUUCCCAACGCAAGUCAAUUGUCCUCCGCACUCUGCAGCAAAUCCUAUCGACGGGCAAUCAUUCGAUGCUGAGCGUCCAGGAAACCGACGCCGUACUCCCAGUAGGCGAAGCUUUCAAUCUGUUCCAGAGUUACGGUUUAUUAGCGUUCAACGUGAACGUGGCACCUCUGAUCCUGGUGUCAACCCCAAACAGCCGGGCAAUUGGCAAUGGAUCGCCGACUCCAUCGCCGUUCACGCUCCCCUUGUUCCAGAUGACGACUCAUCCGGUUUUGGAUCAGAAACUCUACACGCCAGACAUCAGACGUCCUCACAUGAAUAUCGCCAGAGGGCACCAACAGCUGAUGGAGGUGAUGGAUCGCUCCGUUCGACUCCACUUGUGUCGAGAUACCGAAGCUCUGAUGAUUCGAUUCUUGUCCGGAUUCACCGUUGACGGAUUGUCCAAACCCUGGUGGGCAUUCGCAGCCGCCUGGAAGAAGCACGUCCUUCCACGAAUUUACGGCGUUCCAGCUACUUACCUAAGCGAUGACUACAUCUUCCUCCUGGUGCGCAUUGAAAAGCGCUCGAUUGUCGGAUCGAUCAACGGUUCAAUGUUGCUGGAACCGGACCUACUGGCCAAGUUGCCGUCACCCGAUGCUGGCGGCAAAUUGGACGCUGUUACCAAACCUUGGCGUUCGGCUGUUGAAUUUUUCGUUCAAUUCGGCACUCACGUCAUCACCGACUACUCGGUGGGCGAUGCCCUAUUCCAGGUGAUCGUCUACGACGCUUCAUCGUUGCCGCUUUUAUCCGAGAAGAUGCUGCAACUGAGGGCUCAUGUCGAGCAAUUCAAUCCCGUCAACGCCACCAAACUCGACUGGAACAAUUUGCUGUUGAAACACUCGACGCCCGUCCACGUUGGCAAACUCCAAUUGAUUAGUGGCAACCGGACGUUGAUCAAUUGGCUGGAAUCGAGAUUGGCUGUGAGUACGUUGCCCGAAACGAUUCCUUCGAGCAUUCGCCUUUUGGGCGCACCAGUCCUAUUUAACCUGUUCUACCGUCAAAUGCAACCCAGAGCCGUUUUAAGUAUGAAUAUGGCGGCAAUAACCAAAGCGAUCCCGGAGAUGUCAUUACGUACUUGGCUCGACGAUAUCCUGAUCAAUUUGCUACGAAUGUGGGAGUACAACAUGUGAUAAGAUGUGUAACGUGUAAUAUGUCUGUCGUUUUCUUUUCUUUUUGUGUCUGUCUGUGUGAAUAACGUCGGAAAACCGCAUCAAUAAACGCGCCCAUCUGUCGUGAGUCCAUUAA